GUUUUCAUCUCCUUUGUCUGUGUUUCUUUUUCCUUUUUUUCUGAGAGGAAUUUCUUUUUCCUUUCACUUACCAAUUCUACUGGUAUGGCGGUUCAAAGCAGAUUAAACCCAAGAGCUGCCGAGUUUUUUCCGGCCAAACUUCUGGUUUAUCAUGUAAGCCCUUCUCCCCAUCACCACUUUAAUCUAUUUUUUCCAUCUCCGAUCAAUCCUGGUCACAGCUCUAUCUACUACUCUCCUGUUCUCCACUACAGUAAUAUUCACCGCAGUAACGGAUUCUUACUGCAAAACCACGAUGAUCACAUUCACCGCCGCUCUGUUAACCCUCCGCCAGUGAAUGAGCCAAGCCCUAAUGACUCGGUUCAAACCAGCUCUAGUAACCUCAUGACCCCAACCCAAGUGUUGCAUGAACCGAAACCGGAGAUAGAGGUGGUUUCUAGAGGUGGUAAUACUAAUCCAAAACCACCGAGCAGUAACUGUAAAAGAGGAGGAGCAAGAAAAGGAGGGUAUUAUGGUAAUGAGAGAGCAAAAGGGUAUAAUAGUAAUGGUAAUUCUAGUAGUAGAAGACUGCAUGCAAGGUCUAGUUUAGGGUUUCGUUGCAGACCAAAAUCAUAUCCUGUUGUACCAAUUCAAUCCGACGGUCACUGUACUACUGUCAUGAUCAAGAAUAUCCCCAAUAAAUACACCCGUGUUUUGCUGAUGGAAUUUCUUGAUAAUCACUGCAUGUUGGAGAAUGAAAAGGCAAAUAAACUCCAGAAUAAUGAUAGAAUCUUGUCAGCCUUUGAUUUCUUGUAUCUUCCGAUGGAUUUUGAGUACGUUUCUUUAAUUUAUUUAAUUAAUACUCAUUAA